GCGAAGACGGGACUUUGACGCAAUUUGCAAAUGGCCGUGAAAAGGAUUGAGCUCGAGGGUGUAUGAAAUACUAAAUGGUGGAACGAUCCGUGUUAAAAACUUGUGAAUAAUCUAGUUCAGUGUAGUGUUGUCAGAAAGAUACAAAAUGUGCCAAAAGGAUAAGAUCCAGUCUUAAUGGUGGUUUAGGAAGCGCCUGAAAACCACAGAAUCAAUCGACGAGUUUUGCUGAUUGUGGGGUCGGUGCGGCGCAGUGAGCGUACCGUAGAGGCGGAACUAGCGGAAGGACGAGCCCCUUGAGCCGCGCACCAUGAACGAGCUGGACAGCCUGCGCCAGGAGGCGGAGACGCUCAAGAAUGCCAUCCGGGACGCGCGCAAGGCGGCGUGCGACACAUCGCUGGCGCAGGCCACCGCCAACCUGGAGCCCAUCGGCCGCAUCCAGAUGCGCACGCGCCGCACGCUGCGCGGACACCUCGCCAAAAUCUACGCCAUGCACUGGGGCAGCGACUCCAGGAACCUGGUGUCCGCCAGUCAGGACGGCAAGCUGAUCGUGUGGGACAGUCACACGACGAACAAGGUGCACGCUAUCCCGCUGCGCUCGUCGUGGGUGAUGACGUGCGCCUACGCGCCCUCCGGCUCGUACGUCGCGUGCGGCGGGCUCGACAACAUCUGCUCCAUCUAUAGCUUGAAGACUCGCGAAGGCAACGUGCGCGUGUCCCGCGAGUUGCCCGGACACUCCGGCUACUUGUCCUGCUGCCGGUUCCUCGACGACAACCAGAUUCUCACCAGCUCCGGGGAUAUGACCUGCGCCCUGUGGGACAUCGAGACCGGGCAGCAGUGCGGGCAGUUCACGGGGCACACGGGCGACGUGAUGUCGCUGUCGCUGGCGCCCGACCAGCGCGCCUUUGUGUCGGGCGCGUGCGACGCGUCCGCCAAGCUGUGGGACAUCCGCGACUGCCAGUGCAAGCAGACCUUCCCCGGACACGAGAGCGACAUCAACGCCGUCACGUUCUUCCCGUCCGGGUUCGCGUUCGCGACGGGCUCGGACGACGCCACGUGCCGCAUGUUCGACAUCCGCGCCGACCAGGAGCUGGCCAUGUACUCGCACGACAACAUCAUCUGCGGCAUCACGUCCGUGGCCUUCUCCAAGUCGGGCCGCCUGCUGCUGGCCGGCUACGACGACUUCAACUGCAACGUGUGGGACUCCAUGAAGUCGGAGCGCGCUGGUAUACUCGCUGGCCACGACAACCGCGUCUCGUGCCUCGGCGUGACGGAGAACGGCAUGGCGGUCGCCACCGGCUCCUGGGACUCGUUCCUGCGCAUCUGGAACUAAAACCCACCACCCCACACCCACCAGUAGAUACCACCACCGCAUCACACUGUCCCACUCCCCACCACCGGACUUAUCCCGCUGUUUGAUUGUGUGUAUCAAUAUUAUGAGCUAUUUUUUUUCCCCACUCCCUAAACGAUGGGCUAUGUAUGAUUUUGAAUUCUUAAUUUUUGCAAUAGUUUUAUUAUUUAAUUUACAUAAUAAUCUUAAUAAACUAUCUUUAAGUCAACAGUUAAUAGAAAUGAAUAAAAAACACCUUCAAGGCGAGUUCGUUCUGCAAUAGGUUGAAUAAUCACUUAUCAUAAGUGGUGCCAGCCAAUGUAAUAUAAUAAAAAAGCCAUCAGAUGUUCCUUACAUACAUUCGAAAAUAUUUACGGAAUUAUAUACAAAGCUAGAAAAUUUAAAUGAAAAUAAAGCUGUUGUAAUAAUAAUUAAGAAUUCAAAAACAUACAUACACCCCAUCGUUUUGGAAGUCACACAGUAAAGUCUUCAAGGAAAACGCCUAAAAUCCUUUCAAUUAUUUUUCCAUUUUCAUUGAUGCAGGAAAAAAUGUAACCUUUAAGAACCUAAUUGGAUACCAUUUUGUCGAAUUUAAAUAACUUUUAAAUAUUAAUUACCCUUUUAAUAUUUAAAAGUUUUUUGAAUUCGUUACUUCAUAAAAUUGAUACACACUAGUUUUAAUAACGAGCGCGUUUUGAUUGACUCAAUGUUAGGCACAAACAAAAUGGCGGACCAUUACAAGAUGGCGCCGUAUUUAUAUGUUCUUUUUUAAAUCAUGUAUAAAUUACAAUCGAACGCGCUCGUCUGUUCCAAAAAAUAUGAUUGCGGUGCGUGAUUGUGUCGCGUAAAUGCUUUUUUCUAUAAUAAAAAAAAAACUAUUUCUUGAAUCCUAUAGUCGCGAUUUAAUUGAAAUGUGGUCUUUAAUACGAACGAUAUAGAGUACGUAUUUGUACGAACGCUUCAGCGAUCGUAAGCUCGAUUGAACAACGCUGAUCUGAUUGCUGAUUUUUGCAAUUUUGAACUUUAAUGACCCUGUUAUUAAGAGUGAAUUUCGGAUUCAGCUAAGUCGUAAGAGCAUGGGUUUAUCUCUCGUAGUGCCCAGUUUGAUUAUUUUAACUCUUAAUGACUAUAGUGUAAGGUCGAGUUUUGAUGAACAGGGCUUUCUUCACAAAUUUAUUGUAUAGUUAACUUGUAUGGAAGCAUUUAAACUGCGCCCGUUGACGUUGAUAUAAGAAAAUCAAAGAUAUACAGUCUCGUGGAGAUGUAAAUUUUCAUUUUUUUUUUUGUUUUUAUACAAUACAGUUACUGCGUUUUAAUUUCUUGACUCCAAAAAAGGAGAAUGAAUAGUCAAAACCAAAAUAUAUGAUUAAAAACAAGCUAAGUUUGACUUUUUUAGACAUUUUUUUUUAAACAAAUAUUGAUUUUUCUUAAAGACCACUAUUUUAGACAAUGUGGUGUACACAUUGUCUAAAAUAGUGAUGAACUAUGAUUUAAUUUUCUUUAAUUUUGGUGUAUCUAUUGAUAAUAGUAUCCUAUAUGCAUAGAUCUAUGAUCAUAGAUACUGGGAAUACCAUUCAUAUACAGAGAUGUUUUUUUUAAAAGAUACUUUUUGUUUUCGCGACUGUAUGUCUAUGGUUUAGUGUAUCUUUGUCGCGGCAUAUAGCGUUAUGUGUGAAUGUCAGUGUGCACGUUGUCCGUUCACGGUAUAUAUAUAUGUAUAGUGCGUAUAUAUGUAUGUGUAUCACGUAUAUGUAUAACAUAAGAUAGCUUGGCCUUUCGCAGCCUAGAGGGGCGAAGUCUACUAUAUGAUUCUUUUUAUUGAUAAUGAACGCACACCACACACGCACCAUUAAAAAAAAUAAUAAUAAUAAAUACGUGAAAAAGUGCAGAUAAACAAAAAAAUAAGAACCAAAUACUAUUAUAUAAAUAAUAAUAAAUGAUUAAUCGACGUUUAAUUUAUUGAAUGGAAAAUAAUGAUUGUCGCUAUAUAUUACUAUAAUAAUAUUAUUAUGUAUAUUAAUUAAUUAAACAUAGUAAUUUAAUUCUGGAGUAAUUUAUGAUUUUAUGUAAUUAAUUGUUUAGUUGUGUAAGUCACUUCGUUUUUCAUACAGAUUGGUUAAGGAUCUCUAUUAUUGUUUUAUAAUUAUUACUAAAAAAAAUAUAUAUAAAAACAAUGUCUGAAAAUAGAAUUUUCUACUAAUAGUUUUUUUUAUUACGAAUUUUUGAACGUUUUUUUGUAUCGAAUAAUAAUCGUAAUGGACUGUUCUUUGAUUACGUCACUGAAAAGGACAAAUCCAUAGAGCAUAGACAUAGACCAUUGAUCAUAGAUAAAAAGUAGAAAUCAAUAUUUAUUAUCUGUGGUCAGUAAGUCGAGUCAUUAAAAGGAAAAAUGUUUAUGAAAUAUAAAUUCAUGAUUAUAUAUUGUAGUUUUCAAAGUAUUUUGAAAAUGGUGAUUGUGACGUAAUUAAUGUUUUAGCAUUUGAAUAACUAAUGAUAGUAUAGAGUUUUACAUUUUUUUUAAACUAAAUAUUACUCAAGCUAUAUUCUAAAUAAUUGUAUUCCAUUAAUUUUGAUUUUUCGUAAUUGGGUUUUCUCCAAUUUUUUUAACCAUCUACAAAAAACAAAAUCUCAAUUUCAUCAAAACGGUUGAGCCGUUUUUUGAGUUUUAAAAGUAGUUGAGUUCUAAAGAACAGGAGUUGCGAACAUUUGGUAUAGAUGCAGUAUGUAAUUAAUAUUAUAUAUAACUUGUAAAAUUUUAGAUAAGUGUCAGUCUAUUCUUAGUUAUUCCCAUGUUACCAGUCUCUGAUGGUUAUAAAAAAGUUAAUUCGCAAAAAAUAUUGAAAAAAAAAUGUAAACAUUUGUAAAUUGUAUUGAGCUAUUAUUGAGAUUAAAGAUACAAUUUGAAAAAAAUAGCUAACGUCUUUUUCAUCAACUUAAUGUUUUUACCAGUGUGCGUAAGCAGAAAUGACUUAUGUCUAUAUGUAAGGGCUUAAUUAUACAGGGUGCUUUUAUUUGCAAAAAAGACCCGAUGGAAUGGAACACGCUGUAUAACUAAAGCCAAGUAUACCUACUUUUCACUCAUAUUUUAUACCUUCGCUCAGUGAGAUUUUAUUACUUCUAGAGUUAUCUAUCGCAAAUACAAAGUACAGCAUUGAAAAACAAUCCUUACGCGCGAGUAAAAGGAUUGUAAGUUUUUGCGAGUUAUGGAUUUUUUUGGAUCUCUAGAUGUAAUAAUAUCUCGCUGCCUUCGCUACUGUAACUUGCACGAAAAUCAUUCACGCGCGACUAAAUAGUACUUAUCUCACUUAAAAUACGAUUCAAAUUCUAUUUCCAUCGAUAAUUUUAUAUUGCAUAUCUCGAAAUAAAGGUCGUCACUAACCUACGCCACAUUGCACGGCAAUCGAAAUGAUCCUAGGAACAGGCCAAUCGGGUGGAAGCUACGUCACGUGGUUAUUUUAUGAUGUGAUAUUCCAGCGAUCUGAUUGGUUAUGGAUUUGUAGAACUCAGCUGAGUUUUGUCAUUGAAAAAUAUACUUUAAGUACAUAUGUUAACGUACAUAUUUAAAUGACGAGCCGCAUGGCGUACGUAAGUGGCGGCGAUUACACGUGCAAGUAUAGCAGAUCAUAAAAAAUCAUCUGUAAAGUAAUUUAAUUCAACAUUUAAUCGUUUUCGGGACGCAGAGUCCCGAGUGCAUUUUAGGAUAAGCUAGGACAUAGGUGUAUAAGCGUUAUUUAUAGGCAUUUGUAACUUCAACAUUCUGUGUUGCUAUUUAAAAAAAUAAACAAAAAAUAAGUCUG